AUGGACUUUAACUUUGUGCUCCAAUCUACCCUCUGCCCUCAGAACUGCCUCCAGCCUCAGCUCAGCAGCUCCACAGACAGCGCCUACUUCGUGCUGGUGGACAUGUACCUGAAGUACUUCCUCCCCGUCGAAGGAAGCGUCCCUCCGUCUCCGUUCUCGGACGCUAGAGGCUCCGUCACGGCUCCGUCACCACGAGCCUCCAGCGUGUCGUUUGCUGGUUACGGCGUUCAUAGCCCCAGCCUCCUGAAGCACCAUAUUUUCCACCAGCCGUCUGUGAACGCAGACCCUGCAGCCCAGGAGAUCUGGAGGUCUGAGACGCUGCUGCAGGUGAGAGAAGCUCCACCCGGCUGGGAUCCACAGCUUCAGACAUCAAACAGCAUCUCUUCAGACAUUAAGAGGCUUUAAUGUUUUACUCAUAUAAACACUGUUUA